UUUUUUAUCUUUUUGAUCUUUAUGAACUUGAAUAGUUGAAUCAAUAAUAAUUACAAUUACUCAACAUUCAACUAUUUUAGCCAAAACCAGCAUUCAGUUUUUAUGAUUUAAGACUAACCAAAUUAGUUAACAUAUUAUUUACUUAUAAUGUCCUGUUUAAUUAAUAAAUUUGGAUCAAACUGGAAACCGAAUUAUUUAUUAUUCAAAACUUGUAGAUCUAAGUCAACAACAGUUAGAGAUAAGUUCCGUGAGGUAAUUCAAAGUGGACCAGACUUAUCUGAUUUUAUAAAUGAAACACCUAUAACAUCAAAAAACUAUAGUGGCAAAUUACGACGAGCAAAAGGCGAAGAAGAUAGACUGCGUUUACCUCCUUGGCUUAAAACUAAAAUACCAACCGGGGAAAAUUUUUCAAAAAUUAAAGAACAACUACGUGAUUUGAACUUACAUACGGUUUGUGAGGAAGCUCGAUGCCCAAACAUUGGUGAAUGUUGGGGUGGAGGUAAACAUGGCACAGCUACUGCAACAAUUAUGUUAUUGGGUGACACCUGUACUAGAGGCUGUCGAUUUUGUUCUGUUAAAACAUCUAGAGCCCCACCACCUCCUGAUCCCAACGAACCAGUUAAUACAGCAAAAGCUAUUGCAUCAUGGGGGCUUGAUUAUAUUGUGUUAACAUCAGUUGAUCGUGAUGAUUUGGAAGAUGGUGGUUCUGCUCAUUUUGCUGAAACUGUAGUUGAAAUCAAACAUCGUAAUCCUAAUAUAAUGAUCGAGUGCUUGGUACCAGAUUUUCGCGGAUCAGCUGAAAAUGUAAAAACUAUUGUAGAUUCAGGAUUAGAUGUUUUUGCUCAUAAUAUUGAAACUGUCGAAAAGCUAACACCCUUUGUUAGAGAUCGAAGAGCAAAUUAUAGACAAACAAUGUCAGUGUUACGUAAAGCUAAAGAAUUUAAUCCACAACUUAUAACAAAAUCAUCCAUAAUGCUGGGUCUUGGCGAAACUGAUGAGCAAAUUGAACAAACAUUUAAAGAUCUAAAAGAAUCAUUAGUGGAUUGUGUUACACUUGGACAAUACAUGCAACCUACCAAACGACAUUUAAAAGUAAUUGAAUAUGUCACUCCUGAGAAGUUUAAACAUUGGCAAGAGGUUGGUGAUAAGAUGGGAUUUUUGUACACAGCCAGUGGUCCGCUUGUAAGAAGUUCAUACAAAGCUGGUGAAUUCUUUAUUGGCAAUGUAUUAAAAAAACGUAAAGAAGCACAAGAGUCUAAAAAUUCUGAGACCACUUAAAUGCAUUGUUGUUGUUAUUGUUUAUUAUAUUGUUAUUAUGUUAUUAUUGAAAUAUAAUAUAUAAUUUUA